AUGAGUGAUAGCAUAGACUGGUCAGAAAAGUGCAGACAGAUGGAAUAUAACCUCAAAAAACUUAAGAAAAUCAGAAUAGAUGGUCCAGAACGCGAUGCAAUUGCUCUGGAAGAACAAAUAAAUUUAUAUAAAUCUAAAAGCGCAGAAAUCGUUGAAGACAUCGAAAAUGAAAAAGAACAACUAGACAAUUAUCUCGAUGAAAACAAGAAAAUUCAAGAUAAAAUUCAAUCCCUUCAAAAUGAAAUUCGCAAGCUUCAAAAAUACUUAUCUCAAGAUGUUAUAUUAUCAGUUUUAACAAGGUAUCCGCUUUUUAACGUUAGGAUGGUGGAUAUUGUUACAUAUCGAAUAAGAUUAGAUAUACCAGAUACAACUAUAGAAUUUUCGCUUGAGAAGAAGAAAGGAGAAAUCAUAUAUACCCCAGGAACUGGUAUAUCUAAGGAAGCUCCUAGUUCUAUCAAGACAGCAAAAGCUUUAUCCAGAGAAGGUCUUGAGCAGCUUUGUAAUGACUACCAGAAAUACAUAAGUUACUGGAAUUAA